UCCAAAAUGGCUUCUAAUUCACUUUCAUUACUAUCCCCAGCAUUUCUAUUGCUUCUAUCAAUAUCUCUAUCAUUCUUAAUUCUCCCAACUUCUUCAACUUCAAGAAGAACUCUUGCUCAUCAUGAAAAGAUCUCAGCAACUUCUUCGGGUUUUCGGGUCGAGCUCAAACGCGUCGAUCAUGGCAAGAACCUGACCAAGUUCGAGCGUCUCCAGCGAGGAAUCAAGCGAGGAAAACACAGACUGCAGAGACUAAACGCCAUGGCCUUAGCUUCCAAAACCGAUGAUUCUUCGAACGUCAAAACCCCGGUGAAAGCCGGUAAUGGAGAGUUCUUAAUGAAGUUAUCAAUCGGAACCCCACCGGAGAGCUUCUCGGCGAUCAUGGAUACGGGCAGUGACCUUGUAUGGACGCAGUGCCUGCCUUGCUCCAACUGUUUCGAUCAGUCCACCCCGAUUUUCGACCCGAAAAAGUCCUCCUCCUUCUCGAAGCUGCCGUGCUCGAGCAGCCUCUGCGAGGCGCUCCCGUCGUCGACAUGCAGCGACGGGUGCGAGUACUUUUAUGGCUACGGAGAUUACUCCUCCACGGAAGGGGUUUUGGCGUCGGAAACCUUCUCGUUUGGCGACGGCUCGGUUAAGGGUAUCGGGUUCGGGUGCGGCGGGGACAACGAGGGCGACGGCUUCGCGCAAGGCGCGGGGCUAGUCGGGCUAGGGCGAGGACCAUUAUCUCUCGUCUCUCAGCUCAAGGAGCCUAAAUUCUCAUAUUGCUUAACUUCCAUGGCUGAUGACUCAAAAACAAGCUCACUUCUGAUGGGGUCUUUGGCUACCAAAAUGGGGGGCAAAAACGACACGUCGUUCGAGGGAAAAACGACACCUUUGAUAAAGAACCCGUCACAGCCCUCUUUUUACUACCUUUCGCUUGAAGGAAUAUCUGUUGGGGACAGACUUUUGGACAUUGAAAAGGGCACAUUUUCAAUCAAGGAAGACGGUAGUGGAGGGCUAAUUAUAGACUCCGGCACAACAAUUACUUAUCUUGAACACAAAGGCUUUGAUGUUCUUAAGAAAGAAUUCGUUUCACAAAUGAAGGGCAUUCUUUCUGUGGACAAUUCAGGUUCACAAGCUAUGGAUCUUUGCUUCAACUUGCCCAAGGGUACUAAAACGGUCCAAGUUCCGAAGUUGGUGUUUCAUUUCAAAGGGGCAGAUUUGGAACUUCCUCCGGAGAAUUAUAUCUUGAGUGAUUCGGAUUUGGGAGUUCUUUGUUUGGCCAUGGGGGCUUCUAGUGGUAUGUCCAUAUUUGGUAACAUUCAGCAGCAGAAUUUGCUUGUCGUUCAUGAUCUUGAGAACGAAAGAUUGUCAUUUGUUCCUACUCAAUGUGAUGAGUUUUGAUACAUAUAUGGGUAUCACCUUUAAUCGGUUCUGUGAGGCCUUUGAUGAUGAAUUCAUGCUGGUUAAUCUUCAUUUUUUUUUAAUAUGUACUGUAUGGUGUAC